AUGGUCGCCAAAGUCCUCCACGCUCUUCGACAGCGAGACCUGCGGGUCUGGCUACCUCAGCGGCGUUGUCAUAGGUGUUAUGCUACUCAUGCCAGCCAUGAUCCAUCAAAACUUCGGAACAUGGCCCUCGUGGCUCAUAUAGACUCAGGCAAGACUACCCUUACCGAGUCUAUAUUGCUCAGGUCCAAGUACCUGUCUUCUGCCGGAUCCGUCGACACAGGAAGCACCACCACCGACUUUCUUCCUGCGGAGCGCGAACGAGGCAUCACUAUCCAGUCGGCCAGCAUCCCAGUCAGGUGGAAGGAUUGGACUUUUAACCUCAUUGACACACCUGGACACGCGGACUUCGGCAUGGAGGUGGAAAGUGCCAGUCGUGUGGUGGACGGUGCUGUUGUUCUCAUCGACGCGGUGGAAGGUGUGGAGGCACAAACCAAAGGUGUCUGGCGACAACUGGACAGGUAUGACGUGAAAUCGCGAAUACUGUUCCUCAAUAAGCUCGACCGUGCAGGAGCAUCAUUUCGGACGUCCGUGCUUUCUGUUCUCGCCAAUCGACUGCAUCCCCGACCCAUGGCGCUCACCCUACCGGUCGCAUCUUUCAACCCCGAGGACUACGCACGCGCAGAACCAGGAAUUCGAGGAAUCGUAGACCUCGUCAAAUGGGAAGUGUGGAAGUACGACUCAGAGGGCGUAUCCUCCGUUCAUCCCCUACCCCGGAUUCAAGAAGAGCUCGAGGCUUCUGAAUUGUUCCCACCGACCCAUCCACUCAUUCCUCAUCUACUGCCUGCCAGGAUUGCGUUACUCGACAAUUUGGCUCAAGUGUCCGAGGAGAUGUUUGAAACACUACUCAGCCUUCCGGAAGACCCUUCUUCAUACCUCUCUUUGUCCGCCUCUCAAAUCCUCCCCCACCUGCGAGCAGCCACUCUGCGUAACGAGGUGUUGCCCGUGAUAUGUGGAUCUGCCUUCAGGCACGUCGGCACGGAACUUCUUAUGAACUACGUCGGCGAGUUACUACCAAGUCCAGCGGACGUUGAGAAAAACAACAAAAUCUCUUCAUCUAAUGCUCCUCUUCGCGCGCUGGCCUGGAAAGUUGGUUGGGAUCAGCGCAAAGGAUGGAUGACCUUCGUUCGCGUGUACUCAGGAGUCCUCAAGGCCCACAGCGGUGUCUUGAAUUCCUCGCGAAACGAGAGAGAGAAAGUCGGCAAGCUGAUGAUGCUCUAUGCAGCGGAGGCAGAGGAAAUCGACGCUCUUCCAUUCGGCUCCGUGGGGGCGGUGAUGGGUCUCAAGCACACUCGUACAGGCGACACCCUCACUUCCGUCGCAGGUGGCUCCGAUCACUCUUCUCUGCGCGAUAUCCUCCCUCCCCCUGCUAUGAUGUCCGUCUCGGUCCUCCCUAACUCGUACGCCGACCUUCAACCUGUUGAGAAUGCACUCCACGCAUUGGCCCGUACCGAUCCUUCAGUGCGGGUGGAAACUCAAGAAGGUCAACUGCUCGUCCACGGUCUUGGAGCCUUGCAUCUUGAAAUAGUGGAGUCGCGCCUCCGCGAAGAAUGGGCGGUCAAGUUUGAAUUUGGCAGACGACGAGUCAGCUUCCGGGAGUGCCUGGGACCUGGUGACAUUUCCAAAGUUAGCAACAUAUGGAGCACCGAGCUAGGAGGGCACGCCAUUAAGGUCGAGGUUUCGCUCAACGUUCGGUUACUUGAAGACGACGAAGAAGGCGACCGCUCUGGGGCGGCAACGCCUGCUAGUACGCUGUCAAGCUCCCCGAACACUUCUCUGGCGCUUUCUCGCCUGCGCAUCGAAGUCCAGGGCACCAAACACCCCAAGGAAUCCCAUGCCUCCGUGCUCGCAGGGGCUAGUGCCACUAUCCUCCGCAACAUCGUUCGCGCAGCUGGGCAAGGCAAUCUCAUGGAGCCGUUUAUUCGACUGAAGAUCUCCGUCGACGAAGGCUCCGUCGGACGCGUUGUAGAGGACCUGGGCGAGCACGGCGGAGAAGUGCUCGACUUGGAUACGGGAUCGGAAGAGGACACGGAGCCAUUCGUAGACGAGAGUGCGUACAUCCCCCCACAGUGGCUCUCGCCUACGACCGGCAAGGCGGCGAAGACACUGUUGGCACUCGCACCUCUCAGCCAGAUGCUCGACUACACGACAAGGCUGCGCGCGCUUUCGGGCGGCCAUGGCCUCUACUCAAUGUCGAACGACGACUUCAGAACAGUCUCGUCACAGCGGGCCAUCGAGAUUCUCAAGGAACUCGGGCGCAUGUAG